AGAAACACACUUUCCGAGAGAAACACACUUUCCGAGAGAGAGAGAAAGAGAGAGAAAAAACUCAGAGAUGGCGGCGCGUGUGAUCACCGUCGCACACGACGGAACCGGCGAUUACCGGACGGUGCAGGACGCAAUCGACGCCGUACCGUUCAGCAACACUCGCCGGACGGUGAUUCGAGUCUCGCCGGGGAUAUACAAGCAGCCUGUGUAUGUGCCCAAGACCAAGAACCUCAUCACUCUCGCUGGAUUGCGUCCCGAAGACACUGUCCUCACUUGGCACAACACUGCCUCCAAAAUCGAUCACCACCAGGCGUCUCGUGUGAUUGGAACUGGAACGUUUGGGUGUGGGACUACUAUUGUUGAAGGAGAGGACUUCAUAGCUGAGAAUGUCACAUUUGAGAACUCUGCUCCGGAGGGUUCAGGCCAGGCCGUGGCAAUUAGGGUGACAGCUGAUCGCUGUGCAUUCUAUAAUUGCAGAUUUCUGGGUUGGCAGGAUACUCUGUAUUUGCAUUAUGGAAAACAAUAUUUAAAAGAUUGCUAUGUUGAAGGGAGUGUGGACUUCAUUUUUGGGAAUAGCACUGCUCUUUUGGAGCAUUGUCAUAUUCAUUGCAAGUCAGCUGGUUUCAUAACUGCACAAAGUAGGAAAACUUCUCAAGAGACAACUGGCUAUGUGUUCUUAAGAUGUGUGAUCACUGGGAAUGGCCGAACAUCAUACACGCAUCUGGGACGGCCAUGGGGACCAUUUGGAAGGGUAGUUUUUGCAUACACUUGGAUGGAUGCAUGCAUCAAACAAGUUGGUUGGAAUAACUGGGACAAAGCUGAGAAUGAGAGAAACGCUUGCUUUUACGAGUACAGAUGUUUUGGGCCGGGUAGUUGCCCAUCCAAACGGGUGACAUGGGCGAGAGAACUUCUAGAUGAAGAAGCAGGACAGUUCCUCAUGCACUCUUUUAUUGACCCAGAUCCACAAAGGCCUUGGCUAGCCCAGAGAAUGGCCUUGAGGAUUCCUUAUACUGCUUAGAAACUAAUCGGAUGAUCAGAUGCAUGAGACUUCCAGAUUAUAAUCAACCACACGAGGUUUCGUAUUACAUUCUAUGUCAGUUGAAUAAAGCUUGUUGAGUGAUUAUUCCAGCAUUUGGUUUGUGUAAUCCUAGACGUGAGAUAAAUUAGUUGAUGUUAGCCAAUGAACUCUUUACCUGCAGAUAAAGUUGUGAUCUCCACUGAUUACUGAAUUUGUGUAUGUUUAAGCAGCAAACGGCUAGGCUUUUGUUAAAUUUGUUGAUGUUACAAAUAUGUGACUUUGGACAUGUAUGUAAUUCUUCAAGAAGCUAGAGUUACGUGCAUUGGCUGUUGUAGAUGGCCAAUACCCAAA